CACAACACCGUGUUCAAAGCAAGCGCUCCAGGCCGUCGUCAAUCGAAAGCCCCACAAUUGCGCUCUUCAUGCGCAGGGCUUCCUUCUAGAAUCCUUACUUACCUCAAGCUCUUUCCCGUUCUGCUUUCCCCCCUCAUUCUUGGGUACGGACUCGGUCAGAAACCGCCAUCAUGGGCUUCCGAUUCCUCAAUACCGUCAUUGAGCCCUUCGUGCCCUUCAUUCCUGAGGUGGCCGCGCCAGAGUCUAAGAAGAUAGUGUUUAAUCAACGGCUGAUGUGGACGGCCUUAACCCUUCUCAUUUUCUUGGUUAUGAGCCAGAUGCCCUUGUUCGGCAUUGUCUCCUCAGACUCUUCGGACCCGCUAUACUGGCUCAGAAUGAUGAUGGCUAGUAAUAGAGGAACGUUGAUGGAGCUCGGAAUCACACCAAUCAUAUCGUCAGGAAUGGUGUUCCAGCUCUUACAUGGAACUCAGAUGAUUGAGGUUGAUAUGGAUAGCAAAGCGGACCGCGAACUGUACCAAAUAGCCCAAAAGCUCUUGGCUAUCAUCCUCACUUUCGGCCAAGCAUGUGUGUACGUGGCUUCGGGCCUCUACGGAUCACCCUCCGACCUCGGUGCUGGCGUCUGCGUUCUUCUUGUCAUCCAACUGAUUGUUGCCGGAUUGAUCGUCAUACUCCUCGAUGAACUACUCCAAAAAGGCUACGGUCUAGGGAGCGGUAUUUCUCUCUUCAUUGCGACCAACAUCUGCGAACAAAUCGUCUGGAAAGCUUUCAGCCCAACGACUGUCAACACCGGACGUGGACCAGAAUUCGAGGGCGCGAUUAUUGCGCUUGUCCAUCUCCUGAUCACUUGGCCUGACAAGCAAAUGGCACUCCGCGAAGCCUUCUACAGACAGAAUCUACCAAACAUCGUGCAGCUUUUAAGCACUGUGUUGGUAUUUGCUGUUGUUAUCUACCUCCAAGGCUUCCGAGUGGAGAUUCCAGUCAAAUCUGAGAAGCAGCGUGGAAUGCGUGGAUCCUAUCCCGUCCGCCUCUUCUACACCUCCAACAUGCCCAUUAUGCUCCAAAGCGCCCUCUCCUCCAACGUCUUCAUGGUCUCUCAAAUGCUCUUCCAGCGCUUCGACGACAAUCUCUUUGUCCGCCUCAUGGGCGUCUGGGAGGCCCGCGAAGGGUCCGGCCAGCUCUUCGCCACCUCGGGCCUCGCCUACUACAUGUCCCCACCCCUAUCCUUCACUGAUGCCUUGCUUACCCCAUUGCACACUUCGAUCUACAUACUCUACAUGUUGGUUGCUUGUGCCGUGUUCUCAAAGACCUGGAUCGAAGUGUCCGGCUCCGCACCGCGCGAUGUGGCUAAGCAGCUCAAGGAGCAAGGGCUCAUGAUGGCUGGUCAUCGUGACCAGAGCAUGUAUAGGGAGCUCAAGAGGGUGAUCCCCACGGCUGCAGCGUUUGGCGGAGCCUGCAUCGGGGCCCUUUCGAUCAUGAGCGAUUUGCUGGGUGCGCUGGGGAGUGGGACGGGGAUUCUGCUAGCUGUGACGAUUAUUUACGGAUACUACGAGACUGCUGCUAAAGAAGGCGACCUUGCUGGCCUCCAGGGACUGGUUAUGGGCAGUUAAAAGGUAUAAGUCGUCGAAGAAUAACGAUUAGGAGUGUACCAAGUUUAGCAGUCGUUUGCUGCAUAGCAUGGGCAUUUAAGCAUGUUCGAAAUGUGGGUUUGGAAAAGCUUUUGUGUCUUGAACGAAUCGUGAUAUUGGCUUUUGGGAUACUUCGAGAAAAGUAGACAUUGUUGUCCUGAUCCAAGUACACGUGAUAUCGC